AUGGCGAACGAAACAAAUUACUCGAGUCGAGACUUGUAUGGGUUGAAGAAAUGGUACGACAGUGGUGAUAAUGCGGUCGUUGAUAUUGUGUGUGUGCAUGGCUUGACAGGAAACCUAGAGUCAACAUGGACAGACAAGUCGACAGGCAUAGCCUGGCCAGAAGCGCUGUUGAAGAACGAUCUGCCACAAUCUAGAAUUGUCACUUUCGGUUACGAUGCAGAUAUUGUACAUUUCUGGUCGAUGGCCGCGCAGAACCGAAUUGGAAACCAUGCGCAGACGUUGAUAAACGUAUUGGCGCAGAUGAGAGAACGUACAGAAACCGAGGAGCGGCCGAUUAUCUUCGUGGCUCAUAGUCUUGGUGGAUUGGUUGUCGAAGAUGCAAUUCUUGCAUCCAAAAACAGCGCUGAACCACACAUUCGCCGAGUGCUCGAAUGCACCUGGGGCAUCGUCUUUAUGGGGACGCCGCAUUGCGGCUCCAAUCUAGCAAUUUGGGCCACAGUCUUUGGCAGCUUGACUGACAUGUUCAAGAAGACGAAUACGGAGCUGCUUGCGACACUCAAACCGGACUCCGAGGUCCUCGCCCGAAUCCAGACCGAGUUCCACACCAUGAUCCGAGCACGCAUCGAUGAUGGGAAGAGGGCUAUCAAGAUAAGCUGUUUCUUCGAAGAAUUGCCGGUGGGAGGAGCGGGCUUGAUUGUGCCAAUGCACUCUGCAAUUCUGCCUUCGUAUACGCAGAUUGGAAUCCAUAGCAAUCAUAUGGACAUGACCAAGUUCAGCUCGUCCGAUGAUCCUGGCUACAUGUCCGUCUCCAACGAGUUAUGGAGGUGGACGAAGGAGAGCAAAAAGCAUUUGCAGUCCCAAACCGCGAGCGGACCACCACCAGCAGCUGGCUAUUACCAUAAUGAAGCAGUUGGGCAGCGAGCUUAUGAUGUGCAAUUUCCCUCACAAUGGCAUCCGCCCCAUCUUCUGGCUGAUGUUUCUAGACGACGUGCUGAAUUCGAUGGCCAGGGUUACUACAACUCAAUGGGCAGAGGUGGCGUCAGUCAAGGAGGAAAUUAUAUCUCUGGACAGGAGAGCUCUGGAAAAGGAAAGAUUGUUGCGGGGAACAAUAUGAACUCUAGUCAAGAUAUAGUCUUUAACAUGUAG